GCGGGGCGGGGGGGUGGGGGAAAGGCGGCGAGGCGCGCGGUGGAGGUUGCGGCCGUCUCGCGCGCGAAGCCCGACGGCAAAGGCUCCCGGGAGCGACCGCGGCGAUGGCGGCGGCGCCGACACCGCUGGGGAACUCCCGGGGCCGUUUUCGGUGGCGGCCGGGACACUGGCCGCUGUUGGUGUGGGCCCUCCAGUGCCUGUGCCUGUGCCCGCGGCCGGUGGAAGCCCUGGUGGAAGGCUUGUAUUGCGGCAAGCUGGUGUGCUACGACGUGCUCGGGGUCAGCCGCGAUGCCAGCAAGGCUGAAAUCGCCCGGGCUUACCGGCAGCUGGCUUUGCGUUACCAUCCGGAUCGGCAGCGGAAACCCGAUCGGGAUGGCAAAGGAGCCGAGACCGCUCAGGAGAAAUUCCUGCUCAUCGCUACCGCCUACGAGACCCUCAAGGAUGAAGAAACUCGUAAGGAUUAUGAUUAUAUGCUGGAUCAUCCUGAGGAGUAUUACAGCCAUUACUAUCACUAUUAUUCUAGAAGAUUGGCACCCAAGGUGGAUGUCAGAAUAGUGAUUCUUGUCACUGUUUGUGCCAUUUCUAUAUUUCAGUUCUUCAGCUGGCGGACUAGCUACAAUGAAGCUAUCAACUACCUAGCAACUAUGCCAAAAUAUCGAAUACAAGCUACUGAGAUUGCUAGGCAACAGGGGCUAUUGAACAGAGCCAAAGAAAAGGGCAAAAACAGACGAUCGAAGGAAGAAAUCCGCAAAGAAGAAGAAGAAAUUAUCAAAGAUGUAAUAAAAAACAAAAUAGAUAUCAAAGGUGGCUACCAGAAACCCCGAAUAUCUGACAUUCUCUUGUUUCAAAUUGUUUUAGCACCUUUUUAUCUGUGCAAAUACAUAGGAUGGUAUUUUUGGUGGAUUUAUUGUUUCAACAUCAAAAGGCAAGAAUAUGGUGAAGAAGAGAAAUUGUACAUCAUACGCAAAUAUAUGAAAAUGUCACAAUCCCAAUUUGACACUUUGGAAGAUCAUCAGAGAGAGUCUUUUCUUGACCGGCAGCUUUGGAUAAAAGAAAAUUACGAGCUUUACAAACAAGAGCAAGAGGAGGAGCUGAAGAAAAAAAUGGCAAUGGAUCCUCGAUGGAAAAGAUACCGGCGAUGGAUGAGGAAUGAAGGACCUGGAAGACUGACAUUUAUUGAUGAUUGACAUGCGCGAAACAUGUACAAUCAUGUCACAGAUGAUUGACAGGAUUAUUCAUAUCUAAAAUGUUCAGAGUUUAACUGCUGUGUUUCAGUGGUGUCCUAAAACUCAGGAAUUAAUCAGGGAGAAAACUAGUAACAUUUUAUGAUUUUAUAUAUGUGCUUACAAAUAAAAGUAAAUAUGUUAAUUAUA